AUGCCUCGUGAUGCCGGCCCCCGCAAGCCCACCCUCAAGCAGCUGGCGAAGCAGAAAGCGAAGGACAUCAAGACCCGGGAGCGCAACGAGGCGACGUUCGCAUCCGCCGUUCAGCACUCCAAAAGCACCAUACUCGACGUGGACAUGCGGUUCAUUCAAGACACGCUGACCCAGAACCCGACUUGGAUUUCUCCACUCGCUGGUCUGAUCCGCUCGGGCUCGUUGAAUGGUCUUCUGAAGGACGUUGCCAAGAAGGAGGAGACCGGUGGACUGAGAUGGAAGGGCAAGUGCACCAAAUGGGGCAGUUUGCCGCUUGAGAUGGCGAGCUUAAUGCUCAAGCAUUGCGGUGUGGAGCUCGCGGAGGACGUACAGAAGGACGAACCCGUCGUACGGACCCUCUUCGAGAUCCAGUUCUGGGCAGCCAAGUCGGCGUCCUUGCCAUCUCGUGCGGACAUUCGCUAUCAGUCCACGUUGGUCAAGUUAGCGAGGGCCCGCAUGGAGGACGUUGGUCGCAACUACAUAGCUGCGGUGAACUCGGCGGAGGCUAUCAGUGUUGACCGGGACAGGUACAACAUCUGGUCACUUGAGAACAACACGUUGUACUGCCACGUCUUUGCCACACAAGAUGGACACCCUCGCCGUUCCCGCUCGGAGUUCGUACCCAACGAGUCGUACCUCAGCCACGAGCUUCCUACUCUCCCGGACAACAAGACGUGGCAAUUGGACGACCCUUUUGCGGUGGACUGUGUCAUUUCAGAUGGACAGCAUAACUCGUUGUUCAGUUUUGAAUGCGCGAGUUUCUUUCCUACUUUGCCGGACAUGAAGGCCAAGUGGACCUUCGACUUGUCGUCGGACGCAGACACCACGGACGCUCUGAAAAAAGAGAUCGAGUCGCACUUUCUCCAGAGUUCGUUCUCCCUCCUCAAGCAGCAGGAGCACGCUGCAAACGCCGAGAAGAAGGGCACCAAACGAAAGGCAUCCUCGCAGCAGAUGCAGGACGACAUGGAGGACGACAACGAGCAAGCGGACAAUGAGGAGCACACGGGUGACCAGAUGGAAGAGGUAGCAGCUGGACGAAGCACACGUUGUACAGAGUUUGCCACGUCGAGCUUUGCAACGAUUGUUCUUUUGCAUCAAUGGCACCAGGGUAUGCGCAAAGAUGCCAAAUGGAAGAAGCCGGCAGAGGAGGUAUCCAAGCUGGCCGGGGAGUUGCUUCAAGGCCUCGCUUCCUUGUUCCUGCAGACCCCGCAGGACUUCUCAUUCACGUGGGACGGAAACACUCUGGUGCUGCCGUUCAAAGGAGGUUCGCUGGACGUGGACGAGGUUGUACUGCAAAACAGUUUACUUGCUAAAGUACUACACCGCGAUCGUUCCCGAUUCAUGGACGUGCUGCAGGAUGUGAAUGUGGACUGCACCCGUCGGACAAUUGGAGACACUCGCAAGUCAUCUAGUUUGAGGACGAAGUACUACUUGUUGGCGGCUUUGGCACGUGCCAUGGAUUCGUCGGACGACACGCAUUCCUGCUGGACAUCUUUGAAUGUGAAGCAAGUGAUGCAGCUUAGGAGCACCUCCGGAUAUCGUCGGUCGUCCACGAGUUUUCGACAAGAGGUUGCGAGUUCAUCGAAUGCCACACGCAGGACACUUACCUCCACAUUGCAAGGACAUGCGUUCACCGUGCAGGACAGCAGCGAACAGCAGGACGAACAAAAGAUCAAGAAGCACGCUUCUAUGGACGCACACAGGCUAGCACGCAUGGAGCGAUACGCCUAUGUCACGCAGGGCAAGUCAGAUUUCCUCUCGACGGACAUUUUGUGCGUGGUGGUCCAGAAAUCGUCCGUCUUGUCGGCUGAGCAGUGGAAAGCUAUGUGGAACAAGGCUUCCAAGAAGUUCCUCGGGAUCGAGAAACCCGUUGGACCUGGUCAUGCGGAGGACCGGCUGGCCACACUGUCUGGGAUGCAGGACAUAAACCACGGCUUGCGACCCAUUGGCUGGACUUUUGGCUGCUGCCAGAGCACGCCGGCCGGCCCCGCGGAGGACGACACGAAGGCUAAACGUGCACCGAUCAUGAUUUUGUGCACCGACAAAGAAGCAACACAGCUGGCGGCUGUCUCCUUCUUGAGGAACAAAAAGAGCCUCUGGAUCGAACACGUCUCGGACCCCGCCCACAGGUCGCACAACGACGUGGCUUUGGCCUUGUCGGCCGCUGGACUCCUGAAGUUCUGCACGUGCAUCUCGCUGUACAACAUCAGGUAUGGACCCUGGCAGAAGGGCUCGUGGGCGUUGAAGAUCCAGCAAGCCGCAAAUCGCAUGAAGGACAACAUGGACCCCUCGGACCCGAUAUUGCUCCUUUUCUUCCCGGACAUUCUGCUGGACGCCGGCCUCUCCCCCCUGGACGACAACACGGAGGAGAAACGCAGGUCGUUUUUGCAGACAUUACCCGACAUGGACUGCAUCCGCAUCAAGGGCACGAAGGCCAGCAAGAGUCGGUUCAAUUCCCUGACGACGGCCCACAGCGCGCUGGACAAAGAGUGGUCGGUCUUGGCUUUAGUUCUCACGGUGGUCUGCUUGGAGCACAACUGGGCAGUUUCCACUAAGGACCUCUUCUCGCAGGACAGCAACCAGGCCCGUGCCUCGGUUCCAUAUGGUGGAAGCAAGUCUUCUGCCAUACAGGAGGCCAAGCAAAGCAUGGACCAGGAGCGGAAGGGCAGCGCGAACAGUCUACACUUAAUGACGAAGUUCGUGAUCUCGCAGGACAACAAGACGACAGCCAGGAUGAUGUUCCAGGUCUUGCAACCCGAAGAGCUUCGUUGUUCGCUCAUGCUCAAGCAGCUGCGUUCCAAAGGCAUGACGAAGGACUACUACUCUGGCUGGGCACACUGGUCUUGGAUGAGCACUGCAAAGGACCACGUCAGGACUUUGUCGAAUUUGGAAGGUUUAUCUCGUGUCGGCCUCGACCUGACACUGGCACGCGCACAACCCCCGGAGGAGACAGAGCUUGUCUGGCAGGACUCGCUCGCAGGCCAAAUGACGCAGUUGACACUACAGAUCCUGCGGCUGCGGGCCGGGGCACAGCUGUACCAUACUGGAGGUUUCGGUGCGACCGCAGGACUAGUCCAUGCUGAAGAGCAGACACGCACAGUGGUGGUUCUCGUAUGGCAAAAAUUGCUCGAAGGUCAUUUCUCCCAAGGGCCGAUUAGUCGGUACAUCCUCGCCGAUCUUUGCACUACCCGGUUUCAGAGCCUUACGGAGGACGUUGCACACGUAUUGACCAGCAUUUGGUCGGGCCUCUUGAACACGAAGAUCAUCGAAGACUGUAAUAAAGUCCAGCGCGAGGCCGAGCAACGACAUUCGUCUUCGAAGGACUUGGGUCGUUUGGACGGAUGGAAGGCUGUGACCCAACAGGCCGUGGUCAAGAUGUACGAGAGGGGGGAGGCACUGUCAACGGAGCUCUACCACACGCCGGCAGCGUUUGACGUGGCCAAACUUUUCUGCAAAGACACCGAGAAGAAGAAGAUUCAAGCAGUUCGUCGUCGUUCCGAUUCGUCGGUCAGCACGCAGGUCAGUGCCUCGGAGGUGCAGGAAGCACAGCUUCUUGCAGACGUGACGAAGACGAGGGACUGGGUCUCCCACAACCACGCCGAGGAACAGGAGGUUUUGGCUGCCUUCAGUUUACUGAUGAAGGCGUGGAGGGCCAAGCGAUGGUCGCUUUGUGAAGAAGGUUGGUGCUCUGGACUUUUGCCCGAAGGACAUGUUGUACUGGCAGGUGCAGACCCGUUGUUCAUCGUUCGGACAUACCGUUUGGCUGCACUCGCAUGGCCCGGCAAGAUCGUUAAGGACAAG